AUGCAAAUCAAAGAUAUUCUCUAUCGGGGUGGACCAACAAAUCCAAAGAAAGUAGAUCCUCUAGAUUCCAAAAUCAUAUCAAUAAUUAAAACAAGUGCUGUUGGGCUUUUCAACCAUUUUGACAGUGACAGUGUUGCCCCAGAUAGCUUAGAGAGGCAUAACUUUGCUGAGGUUCAAGUUAUUUUGCCUGAGGAGCCAGAAUUAUGUAAUAAAGAUCUUGAGACUGAACUUAAUGAUUAA